AUGGCAGAAGUUGCUUCGCUUCUCACUACAAAACGAGCAGAUGCAGCAGCAGAACUCGCCGCAAAGGAAGCAGAGUACAAGAUCGUACAAGAAGAACAAAGGCAAAAGGAGAAGAUAAAAGCGUUAGAAGAAGAGCACAAAAAACAAAUGGCAAUCCAAACAUCAGAGCUAGAACGCUUGAGAGCUGAGAAGGAUGUAGAAGCAGCUCGUGCCAGGUUGGAAGCUUACAAUAACGAAUUACUACAGCUUGGUGAUGCAAGGGACACAGUGCUAGAGAUUGCAGACGCCGAUUCACGUGUGAAACCUGCUCCAAAAGACAUCCUACAUGUCUUCAUGAUGAAAACUACAGCAACAGCCUACAAAGAGAAAGGGAAACACAAGACCAAGUGA